AUUGGCUGGUUGUGUUGUCAAUCAGUGAGAUGUUACAUUUCCGUUGUAGCGAGUAGGGCCGCUGCGCUGUGUCUGGGAAGGAAGUGGUGGGAAUGGUUCGCUUCAAAUCCAGGUACCUGCUAUGCGAGAUAGUGUUCGAGAAUCCACAGUUUCGGCAUUGUAUCGAGGAGAAGAAUGUCUAUAAAACAGUUAAAGACGCAAUCAUUCGAGCACAUGGUGACUUUGGACUUGGCUGUUGCUCAUUAUCCCUGGCAGUCAAGUAUCUGAAUGCCUACACAGGGAUAGUCUUAAUAAGAUGUCGGAAAGAUUUCUACCGACUGUUAUGGUCUGCCAUGCAGUUAAUCACCUUCCUGGAGAGCAAGAACCAGAAGUAUCCCUGUUUCUUCAACACAUUGCAUGUGGGAGGUACUAUCCGAACCUGCCAGAAGUUCCUCAUCCAGUAUAACCGCAAGCAAUUGCUGCUACUCCUGAAAGACUGUAAAACCAAAGGGGAGAGGGAAUCUGUUCAAAGGUCUAUCUUGAGUUGUUCACUGAAAGAAUUGGAGCAAGAUCAAUUGAAGUACCAAGAAGAGGUGACAGAAGCAGAUGCAAAUCAAGUUUUAUGAAAAUAAACUGCAAAACAGCAAGAACAGCACUGUGGUAAUUGUUCCACCUGUACAAUCAAGAUGUUUUGGUGUGAAACAGUUUAAGAUUGUGUAAUCUUCAAUUCAGAUUUAGGGCUCACACACACCAGAUGCAGAUGUAACACCCCAAACCAUUCUCUGCUGUUAACUCCUGAAUUAUUUUCAUUAGGACAGCCUUGUAGUGGAAAAGAGAAUUUAUUAGCAUGUGCUGAAGUGAUUAAAAGUUAAUCCAGAAUGGUACUUGCUACUGGAUGCUGAUCCUUGUGGGCAUAAUCUUAGAAAUGUAAAAAGCUGGCACUUCUUUAAACUACUGCCAACCAUUCCACAGCAACUGAGUAACCUUACUGGGCCAUCUCUGGGGCUGUUAAAUAAAUUAUGUUACGGUGAGUCUAAACCACAGCAGUUAGCAAACUUCAAUUCAAUUAAAUAAAACUGAACUACACUUACCAUCAGUAAUAAUGAUCAUGAAACCAAAGGAUUGUUAAAAACCCACCUGGUUCACUAUGUCCAUCAGGAAAAGGAAAUCUGUCAUGCGUUUCUUUAUUGGCCAAAGUGCUUGAUUUUUAAAACUGGCUCUUUGAAACAGCCUAAUAAGCCAUUGAUUGUUAGGCCAAUUAGAGAUGGGUGACUACCGCUGAUAUUGCCUGUGAUACAUUAAUGAAUUUUACAUGUUAUUGCUUGUUGUAGUUGGUGAUAAUAAAGGCUGUAAAAUUGGCUCAGCUAGUAAAACUCCUCAGUCAGAUACUUGAUGUAUCAAACUGCCUCCACAACCUGAACAUCACUUAGGUUAACAAUCUGUGCAUUACUUGAGCAUUUCAGACCAAGCGUACAAAAUCAAAGAUAGAAUACUACCUUAAAAAAAUAGGAAGAAACUAGUAAACCAUUUCUUCAAUACUGCCCAUGAAGCCACAAACUUAAAAAAAAGCAUUUUUCAAUGCAGUUGCUCAAAUGUACAUUUUAUAAGCUUACUGUGCAGCUAUUAAAUUACAAGCCUACAUGCUGGAGGACAUAAACAUGAAAUAUAAUACACAAGUAACAAUUUUUAUAGUUACAGCUGGGUGUACUCAUCUCCUUGUCCUAAGAACUGGAAUUUGAGAAUGUGAGAUGUUAUCUAAAACCUGUGCUUGUACCACAAUUUCAAUUGCAAUACAGCAUUAAAAAUAUUAAAUGUUGAUGGUCAUGGA